GCGCCGCCCUCUGGAGAGCGCCUGGGAGAGGCUGGUGUGAAGAGCCGCAUUUCAAUGAGGGCCGGGCUAAUGCAAAUCACUGCAACCGGCAGCAGCAGAAGAAAGGCGAAGCAGCUGCAGCCCGGGCUCCCCAGCAGCGCGCUACAGCCAGGGGAGGCGUAACAAAGGCAGCAGAGCCGCUUUCUGCGGCAACUACUGCGCCUACAGCCGGGUGGUCGCGGGGGGAGGGCGGGAGCCGCCGCUCUUUGGCCGCUUCCCAUUCCGAGCCGCCGCCUUCCCUCCGCGCCCGGCCGGCCGAUCUGAGUGAGGAAGUGCCCGCCAGGCUGCGGAGAACAGGUUGAACUUCCAAGAUGUCCCUUGGGAGAGAUAUGGAGCUGGAGCAUUUUGAUGAGCGUGACAAAGCUCAGCGAUAUGGCAGAGGGUCCCGGGUGAAUGGUUUGCCCAGCCCUACCCACAGUGCCCACUGCAGCUUUUACCGAACCCGCACUCUACAGACCCUGAGCUCUGAGAAGAAAGCCAAGAAAGUUCGUUUCUACCGUAAUGGAGACCGGUACUUCAAAGGGAUUGUAUACGCCAUCUCCCCUGACCGCUUCAGGUCCUUCGAAGCUCUCCUGGCUGACCUGACCCGAACUCUGUCCGACAAUGUGAACCUGCCCCAGGGAGUGAGAACGAUCUACACAAUCGAUGGCUCCAAGAAGGUUUCCUCCUUGGAUCAGCUAGUAGAAGGGGAAAGUUAUGUAUGUGGUUCCAUAGAGCCCUUCAAGAAACUGGAGUACACAAAGAAUGUAAACCCAAACUGGUCAGUGAAUGUUAAGACAACUUCUACUUCUCGUUCAGUGCCAUCUCUUGCCACUGCUAAAGGAGGUGCUCCAGACACAAAAGAGAAUAAGGAUUUCAUUAGGCCCAAACUGGUCACUAUCAUCAGGAGCGGAGUGAAGCCACGGAAGGCAGUCCGGAUCCUGCUCAACAAGAAGACAGCACAUUCCUUUGAACAGGUUCUUACUGACAUAACCGAUGCCAUCAAGCUGGAUUCAGGGGUGGUUAAACGCUUGUACACACUAGAUGGAAAACAGGUGAUGUGCCUUCAGGACUUUUUCGGCGAUGAUGACAUUUUUAUUGCAUGUGGACCAGAAAAGUUCCGUUACCAGGAUGAUUUCUUGCUGGAUGAAAGUGAAUGUCGGGUGGUGAAAUCCACUUCCUAUACUAAAAUAGCUUCGAGUUCACGUAGGAGCACCACCAAGAGCCCAGGCCCAUCCCGACGCAGCAAGUCUCCUGCUUCUACUAGCUCAGUGAAUGGAACCCCUGGUAGCCAACUUUCUACUCCCCGCUCUGGGAAGUCUCCAAGCCCAUCUCCCACCAGCCCAGGAAGCCUACGGAAACAGAGGAGCUCCCAACACAGUGGCUCCUCUACCUCAUUAGCAUCCACCAAAGUUUGCAGCUCUAUGGAUGAAAAUGAUGGCCCUGCAGAAGAAGUGUUGGAGGAAGGUUUCCAGGUUCCAGCAUCCAUAGCAGAGCGAUAUAAAGUUGGAAGGACUAUAGGAGAUGGAAAUUUUGCUAUUGUGAAGGAGUGUAUAGAAAGAUCAACUGGUAGAGAAUAUGCUCUGAAAAUAAUCAAGAAAAGUAAAUGUAGAGGGAAAGAACACAUGAUCCAGAAUGAGGUAUCUAUUUUAAGACGAGUCAAGCAUCCCAAUAUUGUACUUCUGAUCGAGGAGAUGGACAUGCCAACUGAGUUGUACCUUGUCAUGGAACUUGUAAAGGGAGGAGAUCUUUUUGAUGCUAUUACUUCCACCAACAAAUACACAGAGCGGGAUGCCAGUGGGAUGCUCUACAAUCUGGCCAGUGCUAUCAAAUACCUUCACAGCCUGAACAUUGUCCACAGGGAUAUCAAGCCGGAGAAUCUACUGGUUUAUGAACACCAAGAUGGAAGCAAGUCCCUGAAGUUGGGAGACUUUGGCCUAGCAACAAUUGUGGAUGGACCUCUAUAUACCGUCUGUGGGACCCCAACAUAUGUAGCUCCAGAAAUCAUUGCUGAAACUGGAUAUGGCUUGAAGGUGGACAUCUGGGCAGCGGGUGUGAUUACUUACAUCCUGCUCUGUGGUUUUCCUCCAUUCCGUGGAAGUGGAGAUGACCAGGAAGUGCUUUUUGAUCAGAUUUUGAUGGGACAGAUGGAUUUUCCGUCGCCAUAUUGGGACAAUGUUUCUGACUCUGCAAAGGAACUUAUCACAAUGAUGCUUCAAGUAGAUGUAGAUCUGCGAUUCUCAGCCUUGCAAGUUCUUGAGCAUCCAUGGGUUAAUGAUGAUGGCCUUCCAGAGAACGAACAUCAGCUCUCAGUAGCUGGGAAGAUAAAGAAGCAUUUCAACACAGGCCCUAAGCCGAACAGCACAGCAGCUGGAGUUUCUGUCAUAGCACUGGACCACGGGUUUACCAUCAAGAGAUCAGGGUCUUUGGACUACUACCAACAACCAGGAAUGUAUUGGAUAAGACCACCGCUCUUGAUAAGGAGAGGCAGGUUUUCCGACGAAGACGCAACCAGGAUGUGAGGGGACGUUAUAAGGCUCAGCAAGCUCCACCCGAACUCAACUCCGAAUCGGAAGACUAUUCACCAAGCUCCUCCGAGACUGUUCGCUCACCUAACUCACCCUUUUAAUAAAACACUUUUUCUCAAAAGCCUUGGCUUUAACCCUUUGAGACCCUGAAACUACUUCAGGCCUGUGUGGAGUGAAUACAGCUGAUCUAUCCAGCAAUAAAAGCUGGGAUGGUGGAAUGCAAAAGGGUGCUCACAGAAUCUUUGUAAGAAUAAUUUCCUAAUUGAUUGAAAUACUUGUUCUCUGUUUAGAUUGCAACUUGCUGCUAAUAAGAUCCUCAAAGGGUUAAGGCUAUUUUGCUUUUUUAUUUAAGGAUAGAAGCAGUGAAUGUUUUCAUCAGUGGAGCUAGGAACUGCAGUAUGUAAUUUUAGCACAUGUUAACCCUCUGAGUAAAUGAUCACCUUAAAUCUUGACAACCCGUAUUAGGGUUUUAUUCUGGCUUUUUUGCUUUUAUACGCACAUAUCUUUUAUAGUAUCCUGGAGUUCCUUGCCUGUUUCUGGCCAAAAAUAUAUCAAUUGUAUUAUUGCUUAGGAAUUAUAAAUAUAGGCUUAAAAAUGAAAAUAAAAUUAAACAAAUGGUAUCUUCUGCAGCAGCUCAUUCCAAAUCUGCAUUGUAUUUCCACACGGAGUGACUGUUAUUGGAGGAUACGAUGCAGGGCUAAAUGGGAAAUUCAGUUUAGGUCAUUCUCAUGGUUUAAAGAGAUGACAUGAUGAUGGCCACAAAAGAUUGCUUCCAUAUAGUUUGCUGCUAAUGAUAAUGUCGAGUUUUGGGAAAUUGCUUGAAGACACGUUCUGCCAUGUAAUAGUGCGUAAUGAUUUAGUUGAGAAGUUCCUGGUUCCUUUGCAUCACAUUCAGGAAUGCAGAGGCAUCCUCUGAGCAUGACCUGGUUAUUCUGGCAGAGCCAUUUAAAAAUAUUAACACUGAUAAGCUUUGCCUUUUAAAUAGCUAGAGUACUUCUAAAUUGGGGAAAAUACAAGUAAUUAAAUGUAUAUGUAAAGCCUAAACAGAAUUAGCAGAAGUUUUGUCUUUAGAAUGGAGAAACUAAAAAUGAUUCACCAGUUUUAUUUGUAAUAUUUAAUAAAAUGGGCAUUUACACAGAGUAUAUAUAUAUAUAUUACUGGUUUCUUAAAACCUCUAGACAACAUUAUAACUUUUUAUUUGACCAUUAUCAUAAAGUUGGCCUCCACAGAAAUAUUACAGUGUGUAGACUUUUGCUUCAGAUGUGAUCAUUUGAAAAAAAGGAAAAAAGAUGGCUCAGAAUUUCACUUGAAUGAAAGAAAGAACUUUUCAAAAUCAUGUUCUAAAAUAAAAAACAUUGUGAAAUUUAUAGUUUCUCUUAUUGCUCAUAUAAAAUUGAAGUUUUCUCCUCUAAAGUUAAAGUUUUCUCACAGUGUUUUUUAAAAUUCAUGUGGUUUCCUCUCUUUCUCUCUCCUCCUCAACCUUGCCCUUUAUCUUACCUUUAUUCUUUCUUCCUUCCUUCCUUUUUCUUUCCUGUUACACAGCCAGAAGUAUCAAUAUACCACCCAAAAUGACAUGCAGGUAUUCUCAGCUUUCUGGGAAGUAUAAAUAAAUUUUUCAGGAGCAGGGCAAGUUGCCCACAGUAUCACUCCCGUUCUGAGUGGUGUUUGUUCACGGAACUGUCUGUAUGAGCAGUGGUGGCAGCCAAUGUAGACCUGCAGCUGGUGGGGGCUAGUGUAAAGCUCUUUGCACUUCUAGGUGGAAGUAUCAGUUGAACUGUAGUUCAAGAAACAUUGGAAUUCUGUUUCUCCAUCCUACGGAGUGCAUCUUUCAUUGCCUCAGAUGUGAAAAAUUAUAUAUUGAAAGCUCUGAAGACUUUAAACACAGGAAUUUAAUCUUGUGGAUCUUCACACAAGUGGUAUAAAUAUUUCUUUUUUUUUUUUUUUAAUCUACCUGAUAUUGAUGGUCUAGAAGUGAGGUAUUUAGUAGAAACUAAUUCUCCAGACUUCCUGGGUAAUACAGAGAGAUAAGAAUUCUAGGUUUGAUUCAUCUCACCUGACAUGGGCACACAUUUUAGAUGGGACUCAUGUUUUGAUUAGCCUGUUGGUCUCACUCCAUCAACUGUAGAAGGAACUGCUGGUAGAAGUUUACAUCAGACACCAACUUCAGAUUAUGAGUUUACUAGAAAGUCAUCUAAACCAUAAGGAGACUGAUUUCUGAAUGCAUGUCUGUGGACAGAAGGCCUGUGUAAGGCCUGAGUUGCUCUGUCUGGAACCUGAGUAACAACAUUUUAAAGCAAGUGAAGCAAAUAAGAGAACUCCAUUGGGACAGGAGGUGAGGGGACAAAGGAACUACAAAACUUCUCAGAUUUUAGGUUUUGGGAAAGGGUUGUGUCUGUGUGUCAGAUCCUUCACCAUAACCAUCCAACUCUCAAUUCAUUGUGGAGAGAAGUUGCUCAGUAGAUAGGGAGCAACCAUGUCAUCUUAAUGGUUGUACAUUCAUAACUUUUGGAUGGGACAAGGAAUUUUUUUUCCCAUAGGAUCAAAAUCUCAGUCAAGAUAAAGCCUUCCUUGCCACUUACCUACCCUAAUUUACAGUAGGUCAGAAUCUGGCACAAGUUUGACCAGCACUGACCUUCCCACAUUUUAUCACAGUCUUUCCUUUAGAAAAGAUACCAUGUAAACGUAAGACAUACAUGUGGUAAUAAAAAAGUGUCCAUUAAUACCACAUGCUCCUUGACUAUUGUGAAAAUUUGGCAGUCUUAAACCAAAGGCCAAUGUUCAUUCUUCUUAAUUAGAGAGGGAAGUCAGAAGAAAAAUAAUAUGUUUCACCUUAUGCAUGGGAAAUAUUAUUCAAAAACCCAUCUGGGAUUUUCCAAUCACAUUUUCUUUGCUUUGGAAUACAGGGUUAUCAUUAAAAUAAGAUGUUUGGCUCCUUCAUCUUAGACCAUCUUGUAUUACUUAAAAUGUGUGUAAAAAUAAUCUUAGAUCCUGAAAAUCCUACUCAUCCCCAACAUCUUAUGUUUCUGAUUGUUGGUUCAUGUUUUAUGAACAUAACUAUAAAAAUAUUUCUUUAAGUUAUUUUUAGGUUUGUGAGAGACUGGGUUUCAAAUUGCUGAUAUCCUAUAUUAGGUUUCAAGGAAAAAUAUCUGAAUAUUUGAACUGUUUUAAAAGUGUUUGCAAUGAUGUUUUUAAAUCUAUCCAUAUACCCAUAGAUAUAUAUUUUAAUAUAUCCAUAUAUAUGUAUAUAUAUUUAUGGUUUCAUGGAAGUUAUAAUGGUUUAGGCUUGUUUGGCAGUGACUGCCGUAUUUUUUAGUCUAAUUUCUGAAUUCUUGGGGGUAAGUGAAGACAGAAUAUGUGGCCCUAUAAAUAUUUCAAACACCAAUGAAAAAAAGAAAUCAAGCAUAAUAGACUAUUUCUAAUGUGAAAAUCUGGGAGAGCAUACCGUGGUCAUUUUACUGUAAUACAGACCAGUCCUUCUGACUUCUUUCCUCGCUUCCCUUUUCAAUAAUUGGCUGGCAUUGCUGCUAAAUGUGACAACAAUUGUUUUAGUUAGCAGAGAUGGAUGGCAGUUGGGGUAGGCACCAUCUAUCACCGAGGAGAUGGAGACGAGCACUUCCGAAGGGUGACUCAGGUCAUCUGAUGUUUGCUCUCUGGAGAUGCCUGACAGCCUGAUCUUAGAAUUAGCAGGAAAGUAGAACAGGGUCACUUCCAGCUUAAGUCCUCUCAAUUAAAUAUAAGCAGGGAUAACGUGGAUUCUAACCUAGGUGGGAUAUUCUAGUGAGCUUAAAUGCAGUGAGCAAACUUUGAUGUGAAAAUGAAAAUGUACUACGGGCUAGCACAGGAUUUGCUAAAAGGUAGUGAGCUGGGAAUUGUCUCAUCUAGAUGUAUCUGUCUAAGAGUUGAGCAUCUAAUAUAGGGCAGUAAUCUAAUCUUCCCAUACAGGUGCUAGAGGCUGGUUUCUCUAACAGAUAAUUAAAAUUCUAGGAUGGAUUAAUCACUCGUGAGAUGAGGUGCGUAGCCCAAACAUAUUUAGAAUAUGAUUUAUUAAGUCAUGACAUAUAAAUUAGUAUUUCGGUGAGUUAUAAUUUUCACAGCAUUAAUGUACAAAAAAUCCAGAAUACUAUGGUUCUACUCAGAGGGUUAACAGAAAAGCACUAGGCAUGCUGAUUACAUUGGUGUAUCCAAACUGCUUUGCUUUUUUAGCCAGUGUUUGCUGAUUUUUUCAGAAAAUUCUUGAAAAAAUUCAAGUUUGAAAUAAUUUAAGUGUUGUUGUUUAAGGAAUUUCUAUAACCAAAUUAAUCUUAUUUUUAGCUCAAGUUAUCACAGGAAUAAUAUGUAUCAUUGAUGCAGUGUAAGUCUGUAGUUACCAAUUUUAUUAAUUCCACAAGUGAUUCCAGAAAUCUCUCUUUUUUUAAGUACUUAUUAUAGAGCUUACAAUGGUGGCAUAGGUGACUGAGACUGUCUUUCUUAUUGGUAAACAAACAAUAUUGUAAUUUCAAGAAAGUCCUAAGAAUCAGCUUUUCAGUUUGGUAGUGUACUAGUUAGGGGAAAGCUAUUUCAUUACAUGCAUUGUGUAAAUCAUCUUUGUAGAUGAAGAUUGUUCAUAUUAAUGAACACUUUCUUUUUUCCUUGACAUUGUAGCAGAAACUGUUUACUUGUUAAUGAACAACCAAUACAUUAAUUUGCUUCAGACUGUUAGAGGGGAAAGUGAGAUUCCAGUCAUUGACAAUGUUAUUGCUUUACAGUAGCCCUCAUCUAAUUAAAUGUGGUGCAUACUACAAUAAGCAAAGCCAAACCUGUGAAUAAACUCCUGAAAAAGCCUGGUGGGUCUUUAUUCAGUUGGGUGCUUGCACACAGUAGCAUGUGACAACAGGAAGGCUUUCAAGAAUUGUUGAAAUGAAAGCGAUAUAUCCACAAAUAAGAGCUAAAUUGCAAUCCUUUCCCUAUGGGGCAUAUAUGUUUGAAAAGAAAAAAUAAAGAAAAGAAAAGAAAAAUUGGCUCAGAGGUUUGCAGUGGUACUAUAUUACCACAGGGCAAGUACAUUAAAUCAUUGUUAUUUGCUAGCCGGGGUUAUAUGUUGGAAAAUGGCAUCUUUUUUAUUUAGUUUAGAUUGUGGGCAGGGAGAGCUCUCCUAAUAUUAUUGCAGUGCCUGCUAGUGCUGCCAUGGUUAAGUCUGUGUUGGUAUUUCCAUUAUAAACUCUUAGUCUCAAAGGUUUUUAAUUUGAUUGUAAAAAUUUGCUUCAGGCAGAAACUUGGCAUACAAUUUUUCAGCUCAGAGCGGUUCUUUUCCUAAAAUAUGAGGGAAAUCAGCUUGACCUCUUCAACAUUUAUUUUCUAAGUGUACACAAACAUUUGUGGACACAAAGGCGGUUUUUAUGCAGCUCAUUUCAGAUGUGUCACAUUCUCAAGCAUGUCUCACAGGUCUUAACUACAAAGGUGACAGCUCAGAACUUUUGGGCAUUUUGAAAACCAGAAGGAAAACUCAGUGAUCAAGAGCAAAAAUGUUCCACAUGUGGAAGAGUUUUAUUUUGACGUGACAAUCAUUUAAAGUUUGCACAGUAAUGGGUAUGUAUACGCCCUGCUGAGUGCUCAUGUAAUUCCUGAACCCAUUAAUUUAAGUAAUUCCAAGUAGAAAAUGCUAAAUAUGAAUGUGUUGAAUUUCCCUGUAAGACUGGGAAACAAAGCAGUUUUUUCUUUUGUUUUAUAGUAGCACCAUGGACAAAGCUGACAAUACACCAGUUAAAGGGGUCUGGGAAGAGAAGAAUCAAAAGGACAUGUUUUCUCUUAAGGGGAAAAAACUUGUCUGAAUAGUACAGAGUUGAAAGCUCACACUGAAUAAGAUAGGUAUCAAAAGCAGUUUAAAAAGUAUAAGUAUGGGACCAUUUGAAAACUAUAAAAGUGCAAGGGAGCCAUGCAGUGCAGUGAAUCCAUGCGUGGAACCAAUCACCUACUAAUCUGGAGCAAAUUUACAGCUACAAACAGGCAUAAUUAAUACACAAAUCAAACACACCCAGCAGCAGAUGGAAUUGAAAUCCUAGUCCUUUUAGUAAACAUAAUGCAAACCUUUUCCUCAUAUAUUCACUAAAUGAGACCGUCUGUAGCUGUUUGAAGUAGUGUUGCUAGUGGGGAAAUUAGGUGUUUAAAAAAUGGCUGCAAAUUAAUUGUUUUUAAUAGCAAUUCUACCUCACUGGGACCUUUUAGGAAACGACAGCUUUUAAAAAGUGAUGUCUAUGCAUUUUGUAUUUGUGUGCGUAUAUACUUGGAUAGCCCAUGCCAAACAGUUUCAGUAAGAAUUGAGUUGCUAUACUGAGGUUUCAUGUUGCCUGAAAUUUUUUGCCACAGGGGCCAGAGAAAGGGACAAAAGUCUCCGUAAAAUAAAGAAUUCAUGGAUUGAUCCACCUGUAAUGGAGAUGUCUUCCUAAUUUUUCUCUUAGUGAUCAGCUUGGGUGAUAAGCCACAGUGGCCAGUCAUGUCCAGAAGUAUUCUCCCUACCUGAGUAGUGGGAAGGGGACACUGGAUGGAGCUUGGCACCUGUUUUUUUGGCACCCAUCUACAGUGCUGCACAUUUGUCAAGCCAUGCAUAAAUAUCAGGUUGGAAAAAUAACUGUUUGCACCAAAUGAUAGAGCCAGAAAAAGCGCAUCAGUAGUGAUUAGCCAUGACAAGGGUAGACUGACAUUUGGAAGAUGGUUUCCAACCAACUUAUCAGUCAGAUUUUUGAGAGAUUUUCCAAUAGAACCAUUGGAACUGAGAAACUCCAAAUGAUUGUUAGGUGCUACUUGAUCUGUUCAUGAAAAACUUUCUUCUUGAGGUGUUUCUGAUACGUCCUCAUAUGUGUUUUCCUGAUGUAGGAAGACUCUGGACACAAAAAGCCAGAAGACAGCUUUAUUUCUGUGUGUCUAACAGAUUUGAAUGCUAGUGAUGAAUGCUAGUGAUUCAUACACAUAGAAUUUUAGGUGUCUUGAAAAGAAAACAGUGAUGAAAGAAGCUUAGCUUACUUAUCUAGAGUUCUCUCAGGAAGAACUGACAUUACUACCACAACUGUUGCUGCUAUUACUAUUCUACUAACACCACCAUUGCCCUUCAGAGUUAAUUGCUUUGUUUAACCUGUGCAUCUCCAUUAGAUGCCUGGAAUGCUUCAAACCUGCCAGUAAGACCAGCAAGGUCUUACAUAAGCAUCCAUAAAUUUGUUUUCUUUUCAAACAGAAUGCCCACAGCUAUUGAAGCUGAGUUCCAUCAUAUGGAAGCUGAGUUCCAUCAUAUGAUGAGGGUUUGAGAAUUGGAAAGAGAGGUAUUGGUAAAUUGAAGGAGAGGAUUAUUUGUAAAGUGUAAAUACAAUGUCCAAGGGAAUUCCUAGUGCUGUAUCUCACAAAAGAGAGUGAUAGAAUUUUUUUUUCUUCAGCAAAUUCAAGCAUGUAGGAAAAUGCAAAUAAGCCCUUGAGAAAUGAACUUCUGAUAAUCUGAUGUUUAUUGUUAAUCUUAACAAGGUGUAAUCUUUGUGACAUUGCUUCAUGGUAAUAGAGAGAUGAAUUUAAGGUAAUGCUAGAUCUUGGCAAGUUUUGCCAUUGCCAAUUAAGGGGUGGGAGGUAUCAAAUUGAUUGACUGAUACUAAAACAAGCAGUUCUGAAGAGGCAUUUCCAGAGAGUUGAUGUGAAAAAAAAAGGGAGGAGGGUAAUUCUUGAGUAUUUUCCACAAGCCAGUUUAUCACUUGCCAUUUGUGCUGAUCUUUAGUGUCUUGUCUGAGGAGGAAAAAAUUGCUCACAUUGGUCCAAGGUUAAAUAUAUAGCCAAUAUAACCUUUUUUUUUUUUAUUUUAUUGAGGAAUUAACAAUAAGAUUUUAUAUUCUACCUGAAAAGAAAUUGUUAAAUGAUUACUGUAGUGUGAAAUUAAAUAGCACUUUUCUCAUGCCUGCUGAAAAGCCAUCUAAGGAAGUGGUGGCUCUCAAACAAGUUUCUAAGUUAUUUAAAUUUAGAAAAAAUUUAAGAUUUUUUUAAAACUCAGACAAUGCUAUGUAUUUGAUUGGUAUAAAGGAAUCUUCAAUUUUCAAGGUACUAAUUAAAUAAGUUCUAUAUGCUACAUAUUCCUGCAAAAAUAAGGAGGAAAGACAAAUUUUUCAAAAUGUGGGUGAAUAGAAAUUACAUCUGAUGUUAUCACCUUUAUUUAUGGGAUAGGUUUUUAAGUUGCUGCUUACUCUUACAUAAAAUAUUUGCUUUAAUUAGGUAAUAAAAGAAUAGAAAAGGAAAAAUCACUUAAUACUUCAGCUCUACCCUCAGCUUCUAAUGAGUUCAUAUUUCUUGAGCAGAGAAGCAUUGCAAUAUAUUUCAAUUCAGUCAUCACAAGCAAGCCACCACGGAGUUAGAUCCAGCUGCAUUCCUGAGAAGCUGUGCACAACCUUUAAAAAUCAGUCAUGCAGCCACAUCCUAGCUUUCCCACAUAAACCUCUGUACCCCAGUGAGUCUUGAAGAACAUGAUAAUAAAAAAAGGAUGUAACUAUUCAGAAAAUUCUCACUUCAUGUGUUAAUAUCGCAGCACAGGAGAUCAGUUUGGAUAGAGGUAUGGAAAUCCAAUACUGCCCAGCUGUGGAUGGACAGGCUUUGUAUCUGUGCCCUUCAACACGACACAUACCAACUCUCAUGAGAAAUGUGAAUGGUAUUUGACAGUGGAAGCCUGCUAAAUCCCUCUAAUGAUUGUAAGUUUGAUUGUAAAUGGCUGGAUUUUAGGAAUUAGCUGGUGAAUUAAGAAAUAAAGGACUAGAGAAUAAUGCAUUGCAUAGCACUCUUUCAUUUGUUCUCAUAAUUGACUUAAUUUUAAUUUUGUAUUUCUUUCAUUAUCAGCAAGUGUGCUGAUAAUGUUUAAAAAUUAUGAGUAAUAAAAAUUACAAGAUCCCACCAGGGCUCUCUGAUUAUUUUUGAUGAAAAGCAGGAAAAGUGCUAUUUUAUCUGUUGAUAAAAGCAUGUAUUUAACCCUACUUUCAUUUACAAGCUAAUUGUUGCAAUUUAACCACUGGUUCAUGGAAUGAUUCUUGAUGCAGGACAUAGCUGCAGAACUAAAGAGUCUGUUAGAUGUCUGUCUGUCUGUCUAGAAUAUUGAUUAUAUUUUUUUCCCCCCACAGGGAUUAUUAUUUCACAACUGGGUUAUAGGCAUGUGGUACUUUCCCUUUUGGAUUUUGUCAUCCCAAAGAGUUUGUCCUCCAUUUUACUGGCAGCACAAGAUUUUGGCAUGCCAAAAUGAAGGCUAAGCAUUUGUGAACAUAAUAAUCCUUCAUGAACCUUCACUGUCAACCCUUUCCUCCCUUGCUCCUGUCCACACACCUCCAACCUGUCCAGGCCACUUGUUUCUUUCUCCUUUCCUACACUUCACUUCUCUUGUGUGAUGCAAAUAUUGUACAUCUGUGUGUAAAACAGAGCAGGGAAACUGCUCCAGGGGAAUAAAAAAGCUUUGCCCUGCA